GGAAGUGGUCCCACCGUGAACAAGUAGCCACCAAAUCGGGACAGCAAGAGUGAAUGGCAGUGAGGAUAUCCUACGAAUUGUUUCAAGGGGUUUUAGCCAAGACUAUCAAUUGAAAAACAUACAUCAGAGCUGGAGGACCCGCUCACAAUCCCUGCCACUUCCUGUCUGUACAGAGGUCUGUUUCCAAGUGCAUGUGGGGGAGCAUCAGGAGUUGAUUCAGAGAUAUUUUAUCAUGAAGCCCAGAUUAAGUGUUGUCUGCAUAUUCAGAAAGUCUCACUUAUUACCUUAAACUUGUAAAAAGAAGAGGAUGAUGAUAUGAGAUAAAGAGGACGACUGGAGGAGCCCAGCCCCCUCACCUCCACCUCUUUGAAGCAUGGCAGGCCUACAGCUUGUCACCCCUGCCACUUCACCCAUGGGGCCUUUCUUUGGUCUGCCGUGGCAGCAGGAGGCUAUCCAUGAUAACAUCUACACACCUAGGAAAUAUCAGGUAGAACUUCUUGAAGCAGCUCUUGAACAUAAUACUAUUGUCUGCUUGAAUACUGGCUCAGGGAAGACCUUUAUUGCAGUACUUCUAACAAAAGAGCUCUCCCACCAAAUCCGUGGAAGUUACCAAGAAAAUGCGAAGAGGACUGUUUUUCUGGUGAACACAGCUUUGUCUGUGGUUCAGCAAGCAGCUGCAGUCAGGACUCACUCUGACCUCCAAGUGGGAGAGUACACAGAUUUGGAGGAGACCUCAGCAUGGACUGACCAACAGUGGAGUCAAGAGAUAAUCGAGAAUCAGGUGCUGGUCAUGACUUGCCACAUAUUCCUGCACGUCCUGAGGAAUAAAAUCUUACCGUUGUCUAAAAUCAACUUGGUGGUUUUUGAUGAUUGUCACCUGGCCAUCACAGACCACCCUUACUGUGAGAUAAUGAAGCUGUUUGAGGGCUGCUCCUGCAGUCCUCGUAUUCUGGGCCUCACAGCCUCUAUCCUGAAUGGGAAGUGUGACCCGUCAGAACUGGAGCAGAAGAUCCAGAAUCUGGAGAGAAUCCUGAAGAGCAACGCUGAAACUGCCACCGACCUUGUGGUCCUGGACAGAUACGCCUCUCAGCCCAGAGAGGUGGUGCUGGACUGCGGCCCCUACGUGGAUAAGAGCGGCCUCUCUUCCUGUCUGCAGGUGGAGCUGGAUGAAGCGCUCCACUUCCUGAAUGACUGCAACAUAUCUGUUGCCAGAGAGGACCGCGAUCCCACGUUCAUCUCCAAACAGGUCCUGAGUGACUGCCUGGCUGUGCUGCAAGUGCUGGGGCCCUGGUGUGCAGAUAAAGCAGCAGGUAUCAUGGUGCGGGAGCUCCAGAAGUACAUCAAACAUGAGCAGGAGGAGCUCAGCCGCAAGUUUCUGCUCUUCACCGACACCAUCCUGCGCAAAGUGCAUGCCCUGUGUGAGGAGCACUUCUCUCCCGCCUCGCUGGACCUCAAGUUCGUCACCCCCAAGGUCUUACGGCUACUCGAGAUCCUGCACGAAUAUAAGCCCUUCGAGCGGCAGCAGUUUGAAAGUGUGGAGUGGUACAACAACCGCAACCAAGACAACUACGUGUCCUGGAGUGACUCUGAGGACGAAGAUGAGGACGAGGAGGUUGAGGCCAAAGAGAGGCCUGAAGCCAACUUCCCCUCACCGUUUACCAACAUCCUGUGUGGGAUCAUCUUUGUGGAGAGGCGCUACACAGCUGUCGUCCUCAAUCGUCUGAUCAAAGAGGCAGGGAAGCAGGACCCAGAGCUCGCUUACAUCAGCAGCAACUUCAUCACGGGCCACAGCAUCGGCAAGAACCAGCCGCGCAACAAGCAGAUGGAGGUGGAGUUCAGGAAACAAGAGGAGGUUCUCCGUAAAUUCCGGGCCCAUGAAACCAACCUGCUGAUAGCCACCAGCAUUGUGGAGGAGGGCGUGGAUAUUCCAAAGUGUAACCUGGUGGUGCGGUUCGACCUGCCCACAGAGUACAGGUCCUACGUCCAGUCCAAAGGCCGAGCUCGAGCGCCCGUCUCCAACUACAUCAUGCUGGCUGACAGUGAGAGAACCAAAGCCUUCGAAGAAGAUCUCACCACCUACAAGGCCAUAGAGAAGAUCUUGAGGAACAAGUGCUCCAAGUCAGUGGAGGUGAGUGAGUUUGAAGUGGAGCAGGUGCUGGACGAUGACAACAUCCUCCCACCCUACGUGCUGCGAUCUGAAGAUGGAGGUCCCCGGGUCACCAUCAACACAGCCAUCGGACACAUCAACAGGUAUUGUGCUCGGCUGCCCAGCGACCCGUUCACCCACUUAGCACCCAAGUGUAAAACUAUGGAGAAGCAGGAUGAACGCUUCCAGUCCACGCUCUACUUACCCAUCAACUCCCCUCUGCGAGUUCCUGUUAAGGGUCCUUCAAUGAAUUGUGCCAGACUGGCAGAGAAAGCAGUUGCACUAGUAUGUUGUGAGAAACUCCACAAAAUAGGUGAGCUGGACGAUCACCUGAUGCCAGUGGGAAAGGAGACGGUGAAGUAUGAAGAGGAGCUGGACCUUCACGAUGAGGAGGAGACCAGUGUACCAGGCCGGCCCGGCUCCACCAAGAGGAGGCAGUGCUACCCUAAAGCCAUACCAGAGUGUCUGCGGGACAGUUAUGCUGUCCCGGAGCAGACCUACUACCUAUAUGUGAUAGGGAUGGUCCUCACCACCCCUCUCCCUGAUGAACUCAACUUCCGUAGAAGGAAGCUCUACCCACCGGAGGACACCACCAGGUGCUUCGGCAUCCUGACUGCCAAACCCAUACCUCGAAUCCCCCAUUUCCCGGUGUACACUCGCUCGGGUGAGGUGACCAUCUCCAUCGAGUUGCAGAAGUCUGGUUUCACGCUCAGUACCGCCCAGCUCGACCUCAUCACCCGCCUGCACCAGUACAUCUUCUCCCACAUCCUCCGCCUGGAGAAACCUGCACUGGAGUUCAAGCCCACGCUGGCUGACUCGGCUUACUGCGUUCUACCUCUGAAUGUUGUUGGGGACUCCAACACGCUAGAUAUGGACUUUAAGUUCAUGGAGGACAUUGAGAAGUCUGAGGCCCGCACUGGCAUUCCUACCACUCAGUACACCAAGCAGAACCCCUUCACUUUCAAGCUGGAGGACUACCAGGACGCCGUCAUCAUUCCAAGGUAUCGUAACUUCGACCAGCCUCACCGCUUCUAUGUUGCCGAUGUGUACACAGACCUGACGCCGCUCAGUAAGUUUCCUUCACCAGAGUACGAGACGUUUGCUGAGUACUACAAAACCAAGUACAACCUUGACCUGUCGAACCUGAACCAGCCGCUUCUGGACGUUGACCACACCUCCUCCAGACUCAACCUGUUAACCCCUCGGCACCUGAACCAGAAGGGCAAAGCCCUGCCUCUGAGCAGUGCAGAGAAGAGGAAGGCCAAGUGGGAGAGUCUGCAGAACAAACAGAUCCUGGUUCCAGAGCUGUGUGCCAUCCACCCCAUCCCGGCCUCUCUGUGGAGGAAAGCAGUGUGUCUGCCAAGCAUCCUCUACCGCCUCCACUGCCUUCUGACGGCUGAGGAGCUCCGAGCCCAGACAGCCAGUGAAGCUGGAGUGGGAGCCCAGACCCUCCCGCCUGAUUUCAGGUAUCCAAACCUGGACUUUGGCUGGAAGAGAUCCAUCGACAGCAAAACCUUCAUCUCCUGUCCAGACUCCUGCAGCGAGGACGGGGAGGGUCACUGUAAGCACCAAGAAACUGUAACCCCUGACCCCACUUCCCUGACAAAUCCCAGUAGUCACCACUCUCCCCUGCCCGAGCAGGGGCCCCGCGCGGCCCUGGAGCCGGGAGAAGCCACACGCACGAGGAACCUAACCAACGGCACUGCCCUAGUCACCAACUGCGAUGACGACGGCCACCAAGAUGAGCACCUUCACCAACACGACAAUUGCCAACGCUCGCAGCCCGGCUCCCCCAGGCUGCAGAGUCCUGAAUCAAUACAAACCACUACCUCAGUUCCUGUGCAGCCCUCUCACAGCUUGAAGAAGCCCAGCUCCAGUCCUCCACAGCCUAGUGAUGAAUGUACACCAGGGAGGACCUCAGACCACGCAAAUAAAGCUACCUCAGUCUGCAGCCGGGCAGCCACAGGUCCCGAUGCCCCCACAGCACCUUCUCCUCAUCCUCACAGAGCCCAGGCAGGAGACUCCCCUAAAAGCCUGGGGCCAAACCCAGGCCUCAUCCUGCAGGCCUUGACCCUGUCCAAUGCCAGCGACGGCUUCAACCUGGAGCGGCUGGAGAUGCUUGGAGACUCUUUCCUCAAGCACGCCAUCACCACAUACCUGUUCUGUACCUACCCUGACGCUCAUGAGGGACGCCUUAGCUACAUGCGCAGCAAGAAGGUGAGCAACUGUAACCUGUACCGUCUGGGGAAGAAAAAGGGACUCCCCAGCAGGAUGGUGGUGUCCAUAUUCGACCCCCCUGUUAACUGGCUGCCUCCUGGCUACGUGGUCAACCAAGACAAGAGCGGCACUGACAAACUGGAUUCAGAGGAGGCCAAAGAUGAGCUCCUGGCCAAUGGGCAGUCUGGAAAUGACUACGAUGAAGACGACGACGAGGGUGAGGAGGUGGACGAGGACGGUGAGCUGUUGUUGAAGGACGAGCCAAAGGAUGAAGUGAACAUGGAGGACGAUCUGGAGUAUUACAAGGAGCACAUCAAGUUCAUCGACAACAUGCUGUUGGGCUCCGGUGCGUUCGGUAAGAAGAUCUCCUUGAGCGGAUUCCCUCCCUCUCUCACCCCGACCCCAGGCUCCUCCCCCGCCAUGGAGUCUCCAUACGAGUGGAAGGCCCCCAAGAAGCCCCUCCACCCCACCACAGCUCACUACCACUCAGAGCCGGUAACCAGCGGGCCCUCCGCCGAGGAGUUUGACUACAGCUCGUGGGACGCCAUGUGCUACCUGGAUCCCAGUAAAGCCGGAGAGGAGGACGACUUUGUGGUGGGGUUUUGGAAUCCAUCGGAGGAAAAUUGCGGCGCCGAGCUCGGCAAGCAGUCAAUAUCCUACGACCUACACACAGAGCAGUGCAUCGCCGACAAGAGCAUCGCUGACUGCGUGGAGGCUCUGCUGGGCUGCUACCUGACCAGCUGUGGAGAGAGAGCUGCCCAGAUGUUCCUCUGCUCACUGGGCCUCAAGGUGUUGCCGUUGGAGAGAGGGGCCCUGACAGGAGUGGUGGUGCAGAGCUGUCAGAGCACAGCCAUCGACCUGUGCUACGGCUGGCUCAAGAUCCCGCCCCGCUGCUUGCUGGACCAUCCUGACGCAGAGCGAACUCUCAACCACCUCAUCUCCGGCUUCGAGAACUUUGAAAGAAAGAUCAACUACACCUUUCAGAACAAGGCUUACCUCCUGCAAGCCUUCACCCAUGCUUCCUACCAUUACAACACCAUUACAGAUUGUUACCAGCGGCUGGAGUUCCUUGGUGAUGCAAUUCUAGACUACCUCAUAACAAAGCACCUUUAUGAAGACCCUCGGCAGCACUCUCCCGGCGUGCUGACCGACCUGCGCUCAGCACUCGUCAACAACACCAUCUUUGCCUCUCUGGCUGUCAAGUACGACUACCACAAGUACUUCAAGGCCAUCUCGCCCGAGCUUUUCCACGUCAUCGACGACUUUGUGCAGUUUCAGCUAGAGAAGAACGAGAUGCAAGGCAUGGACUCUGAGCUGCGACGCUCUGAAGAAGAUGAGGAGAAGGAGGAGGACAUCGAGGUCCCUAAGGCCAUGGGGGACAUCUUUGAGUCUUUAGCCGGAGCAAUCUACAUGGACAGCAGGAUGUCAUUGGAGACAGUGUGGCAAGUGUAUUAUCCAAUGAUGAGGCCACUCAUAGAGAAAUUCUCUGCCAAUGUGCCACGCUCUCCUGUGAGGGAGCUGCUCGAGAUGGAACCAGAAACUGCCAAGUUCAGCCCUGCAGAGAGAACGUAUGACGGGAAGGUCCGGGUGACAGUAGAGGUCGUCGGGAAGGGCAAGUUCAAAGGAGUGGGCCGCAGCUACCGGAUCGCCAAGUCGGCGGCGGCGAGACGAGCUCUGCGCAGCCUCAAAGCCAAUCAACCUCAGGUCCAAAACAACUGAGCUCCUCCUCCGAGCUCUCAGCAUUAGCACCUAAGCUAUUGACGAUAACGGAGAAAAAAAAAAGCGACAUCAGAUUUCCAACACAGCGCAACGCUAGCCCUGCAUCUUCAGGCUGCGGCGGCACAACCAAGGCAGCCAGGGAACACUGUGUGGAGACGCAACAAAAGAAGCAGACUGAUCUGUCAACAGAUUUCACUUUUUUUUUUUUUUUUUUGCGCAAACACAAUCUUUGCUUUCCCUCUCUGCUUUGUGUAAUCACAUGAGUGCUUUAUUAACGUUUAGCAAAGUGUUUAAAAAAGAAAAAAAAAGGUCAGGUUGCAAUGUCUAUUCCUCACCGUUUUUUUUUUUUGUUAACCUCUGUCAAUGAGAUGAGGCUUAUGCUUAUUGUGUAGUAUUAGAUUGUACAUAGUUCAAUCAAAGGUGUAAAUCAAAGUAUGUAGGAAGAAAAAAAAAAACAACAAAAAACGCUAAACUCCUCAGCCUGUGCACUAGUGCCAGUCAGUUUUAAAGCGGUUUUGAAAACGCUAAUGGCAGACCUGGCUAACAGAUACCACUGGAGCAAACACCUGGUGGCACUUCUGUCUGAAAUCUGUCUUGAAAUGGUAUUCUUAAUCAUUUUUGCACUUAUUCCAUUAGGGUCUGUUACUUUGAGAAUUGUGUGGUCACAUUGACACCAAAAUCAUAUACGUAGCAAAGUAUAUAAAUAUAUAUAAAAAAUAAUAAGAUACAUGAAUGAUAUUCUUGGCCUUGGAUGCUAAGGCUCACCCUCAUAUCCUGCAAAACGGAUAGGAAUUUCAACAUUCCCAGUUACUGUAAUUUAAAGUAGUUUUUAACCGCACUUGAGGUUGCAUGUUCUUGUAGCUUAUGUAUAAACCAUGACAACUGGAUUGCUUCUAUAAAUGUUCUAAAUCUAUGGGUAUAUCUAGAGCGUGUGAGAGCGAGAUUCGACGUUAAUGGCAUUAUCUUGACGAUUUGGUUUAACAUGUUUUGAUACCAAGAAUGGAUGGAAUUAGUCAUUCUUGCGCACUAAAUGUCUUUCCAAAGGAGCGAAUCAUCCAGUUUUGAUAUAAGAAGAGAAAGACAUAUCACAGGUUCAAUAUGCUGCAGACUUUUCUACAUUGGAUACUCGUGUAAGACACAGAAUCUUUUCAAAUACAGUCUUUGUGAAAAAGGCCAAUUCAUUUCAACACACUAGUGUUCUUCACAUCCCGUACCUACCAAAGCUAUAACAGAUGUGACACUAUGAGGUUGAAGUCGAUUCCUAGGGAUAAGGAUACCAGCCUUUUUUUUUUGUGGUUUCGAUAAAUUUUGCUUCUCGCUAAAUGUCCUUUUUUUCUCAUCAAUAAGCCCUUUUUCACUUGAAUACCUCAGUUAAUUGCAUGCAUUUUCUUGUCUUUAUUUUUUUUUUUCUUUUUUUGUUUGGUGCUAUGUUUUUUGUAUUAAGCUUGAAUUUCUCAUCUUUUUUGCACUGUAACUAUAAUACCUCUUUAUUUGACCUUUUUUGGAAUGAUUGGAAAUCUGUUUGAUUCAGUUGUCCCGUUUUGUCAGCCAUCACGCUGCAGAGGAGAGCUGCGUUGUCGUCUCUUCCCCCUCCCAUAAUACUCUUGAGGUUGACACUGGGGGGCAGGAAAUGUAUUCUCUGCACAUAACUUCUUUUUCCUCAUUCACUAGGUAUUUCAUUAGUUGAGAAUCUGUUUUUGAAUUUUUGGUUUUAAGCAAACAGAGGAAUGAUUGAUCAGAUGGGUAAAGGCUUGUAGAGGUAAUCAGAUUGCACUCUUAAACUUUUCUGACAUUUACUCCAAAAUUUAACGGGGAGUAUACUUGACUUAUUUCUUUAAAAGGGUUGGACAAGACAUGUACCUGUGUGGUUUGUAAACUGUGUUAAUAUAGCUAUCUGAAAUCAGAUUCACAGUCAUGUAAUCCCACCCACAGGUGCUUCUACCUCAACACACAGUGCACUCAGUGUUCAUUUGUGGACAAAACUGCAAUUCAAUUCAGUAACUCUCGGACGGUGACAUACUGUAUUCUUUUUACUGUGAUAACUCUAUUGUCUAUGUCACAUUCAGUGAGUCGACAUUCCCUCACAGUGAUUUGCGUUUCAUGUCUUGAAUAGAAACAAAACUCAGUGCCUUCUCUGAGGGAGAUCAGUGUCAGCUUAAAAUAGAUUUUAAUUAGUUGAAUUCAAAUUUGAGUUAACGGUUUGAGCCAGAGAUCGCAGGAGUAGAGAUCUUUUCUGCCUCAUACAGUCCCUCCAGGAUUUCAAGGGCUGACUUGUGAUUGUUGCGGCCUGAAAUGUCUGAUCUCACGGCAGCUUUUCUUAAAAACCGCAAUAUAUUUUGCGGUUUAAAUGCGCAUUUUGUAAUGAAAUUGCGGGGUACAGGAAAUAUGAGCCGUGUGCCGCUAACAGUUAGCCUUGUCAAUUUGUGUCUGUGACUCCAGGCACAGAAGUUAUUCCUGCAGCAGUGGUCUUACGAUAAACAGAGAGAGAGAGAGAGAGGCUUAGCGAAUCAAUACACUGUGCGCAGUUCUGCCAUGAAAUAAGAAGCUGUAAAUAGUCAAAUUUGAAGAAAAGUUAGAGUAUGCACAGAAAUCACAGGGAUUGGCUUAAUUUUAGUUAAUUUUUGCGAUUGCAACAUUUUGAAAUCCUGGAGGGACAAAUAAGUCUACACUUUGGGACCCAUGAAACAAAGACUUGAACUGAACUGACCCAACAGCAGUUGAACCCUCAACAUUUGGCACAAGGUCCAAAAAAGUAGCAAUGAAAGAGUCUCAUGCUUUAUCCGAAGCUGGAUUAUCAACCCAACAAAGCAACAAAUGCCUGCCUAAAGGCCCCAGAGACUCCUGGUUCUCUAUGUGGUAUCCAUAAACAUAACACCAACUAAAGUGAUGGUGGCCACCUGCGUUAUUACUCAGGACCCCAUGUUGUAGAGGUGGUCUGAGUCAAGUUUUAUGGCCUCCAACAUUUCAGCUAAAAGUGUGCAUUUUCCUAAAUAAGGGUGUCUAAAGAAGUCACCACAGACUGAAUAAUAAUUGAUUGAUUCAUUACGAACAGAAUGAAAGGAAAGGAGGUCAGUCCGGGUCCCAUAAAGGCUUAAUCCGGUCGUGAUGGUGCCUCCAGUUGGUUUGAAGCAGGCAGCUUAUCCAGCUCCCAGAUUUGUGAAUAAAUUACUUCCAUUGGCUUGGUUGACUUCAGCAUUGCUGCAGGGUUGACAGUUAUCAUUUGCUCAUUAUAUAUUUUGGCAUGAUGAAGACAAAGUCAAGCUGAUUAGAGACUGUUCUCAGUUCCUGUUGGGUCCACAACCUUCGGCUAGAACCAGAAUAGAUUGGCAAGUUUAACCUGAGAGCCACUUAGGGUCAGGGACUUGGGCUUCUCGUUAAAAGGCCAAGUAUGGAUGAGAACAAAAUGUCAGCUAACAAGUACAGCUACAAACUGCCACUUUUAGAUUUAGCCUUUAUUUGUUUCCUCUUUGGCUUGAUAUGGUUAAAAAAAUGUGAUGUUAAUACCAAUACGUUUAAAGUGAUACUGAUACCAAUGGAGCACUUCACUGACCUAGAAAACCCAGUUAAAAAAAAAAUAAUUAUCCAGUCGAAUGAUACCUGCAUUUGAUGGUUUUUGCACCAGGGGUCUGAUCCUGGACUGUCCUGACUCUACACUGGAUCAGCAAACUUUCUGUUGCUGCCAUUGCCGGAGCUGCUCUCAUUUAAAGUAUUAGUAUAACUUUAAGGGUACUGGUAUUUGUACAAGUAUCGCAUUUAAAACAGUACCCAGCCCUACUGGAGAAGUGACAAUGCUACUUGAUACUGGGUUGUUUCAAUAUCCGGUCCAAGUGUUCUCAACAUCCCUCAAUCAGUACGUUUGCAUUCACAGUUUAGUGGACUACAGUCCUUGUCCCAGUAUACAAGCACUUGGGUAGAAUCACUUUAACAGAAGUACAUUCAAAGCCAUUACAGAAGGUGGAGAUAUGCCCCUUUCAGCUGGUUGCUGUUGGACCGUCUUCUGGGUUGACCUGUUAUCAGACAAGUUAGCAAGUGGCAAACAGGAUACAUGUAGAACAGUGUAAACAUGGAUACAUUGUCAGCGCUGUACAUUUUGUAUGUACUCAAUGUUUUACUUGGUACCUUUGUCUUGCAUUGUUAACUUGCUUUCUUCUUUUGUUUUUGACGGCUUUCUACCACAAAUUUAUACCGUUUAAUUGAGCCCAGUGCUGGGACUAUGCAGCAUGUGCAGAAUGCCUAGGUCAGUUCAGGUCCGGUUGAGUUGUAUACAUGAAAGAGUAAAUCGACCCCCUACUGCAUUAUCUAGGUGUUAGCCUUACUUUGAGAAAUUCGCUGUCAUACAGUUUCAGUCAGACUAACAUGGACAUGUAUUUUAAAAGUUCAGUUUUAGUUGGACUGACACACUAUUUUGACUUUUUCCAACGUCAUGGAAACAUUACAGCUCAGAGUUCAUGAUGUUCACUUUGAAUUUGUUGAAUGGGUUCAUGUUAAAGAAAAGCAUCCAUGUAAAUCUACUCUUUUUGGGGACUUUUUUCGUCUGCCUGCAGCUGAACUUCUCCUCCGAUCUCUCGUUAGGUGCCAUACUUUUUUAUAUUUUGGGUCUGAUAGUUAAUUUGGGGAAUUCUAAAGUGUGAAUUGAUGAAAUCCCUCAGCUCAAAUCAAUGUGAACUAAGUUAUAUCAUGAAACUUUCGCACAUCUUUCUACAAUCGGUUAAUUUAAAAAGAGUGCAAUUUGUCAUUAUUUCUCAAGUCUACCGAUGUACAGGAAACCAUGUAAUGUGGGAUGUGCAUUUAAGAUUUCCCCGUUAGAGAGAUGUUGUCAGAUUUGGAGUCACACACCUUCCAACACCUGUCUGUAGUGCACACACACAGACACACACACACACAGCCAUUAGUACUUUUCCACCCAUUCAACCCGCUACUUGUGUCCAGGGGGAUGAGGGAGGGGGGAUUAUUAAAAAAAAGAAUGUGAAAUUACUCAUACAGUGCCACACCCACUCUUUUUUUGUCUGUGACUGAUGAAAUAAGGAUCACAGUUAAUCUUCUCAACAUCCAACAGCCUUGUAUUUUUUUCUUUUUUUUUUUAAAUCAAGGACGGAGGUGUGUGUGGUAGUGCUGAAAUUGAGGUAGUCCUGCGUUCUUCAGAGCAGACUAUGUUUUUUCGUACUGGCAAUUUGUUUUUCUUUUCUUUUUGUACAUGUAGCACAAUUGAGCAUUGCACUUGGGCGCCAUACUUUACCUCAUGUCAGAGUGUGAAAGGGAGUGAACGAUGGAGGAGAUAAAAAAAAGAAGUGUAUAUAUGAUGCCGUAUUGUUAAAGAGGACUAACUUGUGGUUCAGGCUUUGCUGCUGUUUCAAUUGCUGGUAUAACGAACCUAUUUAAAAAAGAAUAAAGGGCUACGGGAGGGGAGAGUUAAUGUGCCUGCAUGUUAUCAUCUGACUAAUACACUGUAAAAAGAAUCUGCAAUUUGGGGGUAAAAUGUCUGGACGCCACUUACAGACGUCUUGCCUUAAACAGCUUUUUGGAAACAAGCUGUUAGUCAAACUAGCACGUCCAAUCAUGACUUGAAUGAUGAACUGACACUCUUGGUUUAAUUCUCCUCUAACUACCUUGAUAUGGACAUGUCAUUAGAGCGAUUCUCCCAAGCCUCUUUUCUCCUCCGAGACAAACCUCCCCCAGCCCUUUAUCACGAACUUGAAGGAAAAAUCCACUCAAACUGGCUUCUGUACUUUGGGAUAAAUCAUUGCUAUAAUGAUAUGUCAUCACAUGUUGCAGAAGUGUUCACACUUGCUUUUAACAAGCCUAGCCUACUACGACACCAGUUUGUGAAUUCCUUUAAACUGGGGCUGUCACUUUUAUUUGAAAAAAAAAAAGUUACUCUUCUGAUUUGGAACUGUAACUGAAGCAUUUAUUUGCUAUGUAUUCAAAUUUAAAAAUUUAAUUGUGUAAUUGUAACAGGGCAUGCCUUGUACUUGUACAUUUGCGUUUUUGGACUGCUCUUUAGUCUGUCGUGUUUUUGUAAAGUAUAAAAUACGUUUGGAGGAUUCUCUUUGGAAGAACCUUUUAAAAACUCAGACACCUGAAACAUGACAAAGGACCCUGAUCAGAUAGUGUUCACUCUUCAACAGUAAAAUGCUUGUCUAAAAAGUUUCACCUACAAAUUGAAUUGAAAUUACACUCCACCUACUGGAUGGUGGUCAGUCAUUUGGAAAAAAUGACAUUAGGCUGAUUCAUAGUAACACAAAAUCCUGAUCUUUCCAGCGUGACAAAGGUCUCUUCUGUUAGGUUAUACAACAAUCAGCCACAAUAUUGAAAGUACUAACAGGUUAAGUGAUAGAUUCUUCUGACUUGUGCUGGGAAACUUUUGGUCCUGGCAUCACCCAUGCAAGUGCACCCUCUCAUGGAAACAGCACUACCUAGUGGCAGUGGCUCCUCCAGCAGGACAGUGCACUAUGCCACACUGCAAAAACUAUUCAGGAAUUGCCCAAGUAAAGUGACAGAGAGUUUAAGGCAUUGCUCUGGCCUUCAAAGUCCCUAGAUUCCAAUCCAGUUGAGCAUCUGUAGAAUGUGCCAGAACCCCAGGUUUGAUCCACGGUGCCUCAUUGGAUUUAACUUGUCUCUGACCUGCCAAGGCAAGGACAAAGGACAUCUUGAGGAGUUGUGUGAUGUGUGGCACAAGGGUUUUGGCGACAGAUCCUUUGAGUUCUUCGGGUUGCAAGGUGGGGUACAGGCAUGCCUCUGACAUACUCUAUUGAUUUGGGAUCUGGGGAAUUUGGAGACCGGACAAACUUUGAGUUCUUGAUCACAUUUGCCUGGCCAUUCUUUGGCAUUUUUUACGGUGCAUUGUUGCAUGGUGGGUGCCGUCAUUGGGUAUUGUCGGUGCCAUUGGGGGGUGUACUUGGUCAAGUGGCAUUCAAACGAAUGCCAGAACUCAAGGUUUCCAACAGUAGUCUUGUUUACAGGUGGAUUUUUCCUUGAAGGUUUUUAUUGUGAUCAAUCUUAACAGAAAACUGAAAUGCCUUUGAUAAACAAUGAAAGUGGGGAGACAAGAUAUUGGUCUCACAAAGCCAGCAUAGAGCACCGACAGUGACUGUUUGGGGGACGGUGGAUGGGGUGUGUGGGGGUGUGGGGGGGAGCGUGGUCACUGAGCAGCAGAACACCAGCAGAGUGGAGCUGAACGGACGGAGCGAUGAACUGUUAUCAGUAUGGGGAAUUAUGGGC